UUGCUGGGCAUUGGGCACAUCGCUGCUCCGGCACAGCGGGACCCAGGGUCCCUGUGGGCCUCAGCCCCGGCAGCUGAGCAGCAGAGGGGCAGGUCUGGGGCUGCACAGGUGCUGAGGGAAGGUCCUGAUGGGGCUCAGCUGGGGCUGAAGGGCCAGAGGCAGCAGAGCAGCAGGGAGGCAGAGCAGCAGGAGGGAGCUGAGGGUCGUGGAAUGUGCAGGGAAAUAACAACCCAACACAAUCCAGAAGUUGUCUGUUUUCCCGUGAACUAAGAGACAUUAGAUCCUUUCAGAGCGAGGCAUCAGCUCAGCCCAGGGAGGAGGGAGAGCCCAGGACACUGUGGGUGCUCUGCACCACAGCCAGCCACGCUGCUGCCUGGAAAAUGAACUGGACGUGACCUCCCUCUGUGCUGGGCCCAUGCAGACCUGUGCUUUCAGCAGCCUGCACAUCUGGGGCCAGCUCCUGCACAUCUGGGGCCAGCUGCUGCACAUCUGGGGCCAGCUCCAUGCAUGUUAUUACAGCUCAGGGUCCCUGCCAGGACAUCUUCCUACACACACGGUCCACCGUCGCUAUCAGCACUGAUCAUCCACCCAGCCAUGUGAGUGCGUCUGCGUUGGCCAUGGUCACAGAAGGACCUUGAAGAGACAUCACUGGAUGCCCAGGGAACAUGGAUUUGCAGCAGCUAAACCAGAGAAAACCAAGGGCUUUGCUCUGAUCUCUGCAGCCUGAAGAACUUGCCUGCUCUGCUGGUUACCAAACUCCUGCCAUCGACAUAGUGGCUGCAGGAGCUGCAGCCUGCGCAGGAGGAGACGAGUGAGGACGCACACGAAACUCCCGGCUUCUGAAGAGCUGCCCUGAGAUCACGUGGCUCUCACACCCAUUUCCAUCACCUCCAACUGGCAUCACUAACAUGGAGUGCAGAGUUACCAACACUCUUGAGACCACCAGAGCAGCCUCAGCAGCAGCAGGGCUGUGUCAGCACGGUGCUGGGCAGCUCCCUCCACUCAUCCCACUCCCGUGUCCUCACUGGGCUGGGAAAACCCAACGGCCUUCCCCACUGUGAGCUUUUGUCCAGGUAACGGAGGAAAGACAGAGGUGUCUGAAAACACCCUGCCAGCCCUUCAUACAGAUGUACACAGCUGGACAUUGGCUGAGAAGCCAGCUCCAGUGGAAAUCUGAGGCUGGCUGUGGAAAGUCUGCAGGCAGUGUGAGGCGUGCUGGGAAGAGAUACCCUCCUCUGUGACAGAUGAAAGAGGAAGUGAUGAAGCUGCCGAGACUGGAGAAAGAGAACACAGUGUGAUGCGUUCCUGUUGCUGUAGAGACUUUGUUGCUUCGCCUCAGACAUAUGUGACUCAGGUGGAAGGAUCAUGACUGAAGUCCUCCUCUCUGCUGCUUUGAAUGGAACUGAACCCAACCUGUUAUCCAGCAGCGGCUGGUCUGCAGGAAACGCCACCACCAAGUGUUCCCUGACCAAAACUGGCUUCCAGUUCUAUUACCUGCCCACCGUCUACAUUCUGGUCUUCAUCACUGGGUUUUUGGGCAACAGCGUGGCCAUCUGGAUGUUUGUCUUCCACAUGAGGCCUUGGAGCGGCAUCUCAGUUUACAUGUUCAACUUGGCACUAGCUGAUUUCCUGUACGUCUUGACCCUGCCCGCCCUCAUCUUUUACUACUUCAAUAAGACGGACUGGAUCUUUGGAGACAUCAUGUGCAAGCUGCAGAGGUUCAUCUUCCACGUGAACCUGUACGGCAGUAUUCUGUUCCUGACCUGCAUAAGCGUGCACAGGUACACGGGCGUGGUGCACCCCUUGAAGUCGCUGGGGAGGCUGAAGAAGAAGAACGCGGUGUACAUCAGCACCCUGGUCUGGGUCAUCGUGGUGGCCGUUAUCUCCCCGAUACUCUUUUACUCGGGAACGGGGAUCAGGAAGAAUAAAACCACGACGUGCUACGACACAACGGCCGACGAUUACCUGCGAAGUUACUUCAUCUACAGCAUGAGCACCACCGUGCUGAUGUUCUGCAUCCCGUUCAUUCUCAUCCUCGGUUGCUACGGGCUCAUCGUGAAAGCUUUGAUUUACAAGGAUUUGGACAACUCUCCUCUCAGGAGAAAGUCGAUUUACCUGGUUAUUAUUGUGUUGACAGUCUUUGCGGUGUCUUACCUUCCCUUUCACGUGAUGAAGACCUUAAAUCUAAGAGCCAGGGUGGAUUUUCAGACUCCACAAAUGUGUGCCUUCAACGAUAAGGUUUAUGCCACUUACCAGGUGACGAGGGGCCUCGCCAGCCUCAACAGCUGCGUCGACCCCAUCCUGUACUUUCUGGCGGGUGAUACCUUUCGGAGGCGGCUCUCCAGGGCCACCAGGAAAUCGUCCAGAAGAAGCGAGCACAACGUGCAGUCCAAAAGCGAGGAAAUGACUCUCAACAUCUUGUCAGAGUACAAACAGAACGGAGACACCAGUUUGUGAGCAAACGGGAAGAAUUUGGGCGCAGUUCGAAGGAGUGUCCUCCGCUUCGAGGCAGUGGGACACCGUAGUGCUCUGAGCACAUGAGGACAAUCUCCCGGUCUCUCAGAUUCCUUUUAGGUAAAGCCUCACUCUCUGAUCCUAGAAAAAGCUUAACAAAGGCAGUGGAAGAAUUUUAAAAGGAAAAUAACGUGUCAAAAUGCAGCUUUCUGAUGUUCUCACUUCUUUCUGGCUCGUGUCAGAUGAAGUAAAGUGAAGUAAAGCCACUAAAGGAAGAAAGCAAUCCAAGAGCUUCUGGUUUAAUGACUUAGUCUCCCACGUUCUGAGUUGUUCUCCGUCAGCCUCUCAUUAAAAAUAGGAAACAGGAGUGAGGGAGAGCAGUAUCUGCCGAGGCUCAGUCCACGUACUGCUCCUUCCGCUCACUUGCUGCUGUAGACGAGUGUUCUGGUGGAAGUCACGAUGCAGUUAUCUCGCAGUUUUCUUAUUUCUUCCUCUCCUUCUCGUGUUGAUAAUUGUUCGGUGGUUCGGUAGCAGUUACGGUUCGGUCUGCGAGUGCCGGUGUUGUACAAACGUGGGCUUGCUGGCGUCUGCAUGGGUACGCCUGCGGAUUCCGAUGGUUGUUAUGGAAAAUACGGACCCCCCUCCCCACCUUCCCCCUUAAUUUGGCUUCCAGGUGAGCUGCGAGCUGGGCCCUGGCAGGCCGGCAGCAGAGCGCUGUGCUCCUCCGAGGGGUGCCAACGCCUGCGCGGGUGGGCUGGCUCUGAGCGGCCUGUGGCCUCAUCCUGCCCUGCCCCCCGCGCCCAGGAGAAGCCAGAGGCACCGCGGCCAGGCUGAACAUGGAGCUGGCGAGCGGCCGCCGUCCCCGGGCUGCCCAGCGCCCGGCUGCCGCUGCCAGGAGCCUUCCUGGAGGUCUUUACGGGUAAACCAGGAGAAACACACACGUGCUGGAAGUACCUGCACCUCUCACACAAGCAAAGUGAUGGCUGCUCGAGUUACCCACGUCUUGGUUUGGUGCGAGAGUAUUGCUGUUCCUGGCGAUCUUUACAGAUAACGUGAGAGUUGUUUCCCAAGAAACUAAUUGUUACAGUGGAUAAUAUAGGAUGGAUUAUAUAUUAUAUAUACACAUAAUGGGGGGAACUAGUGUUUGGGUUGUUUCUUUUUUUACUGUGACAAAUAAAUGACUGUAUUAACAAGAUGUUGCAAUAUCCUACAGGCUGGAUCCGGCCCGUUAUCGUGCAUCUUCUCCCAGUGUGGGGUAGGUGAUCCAAAACGAGCCGUCCCGCGCCGUUGUGUAACGCGGAGCAGGCGCGUCCAUGGGCCGUCCUGCUCGGGCCUUGUGGCUCUAACACGUCUCUGAAAAUGUUGUGUGCUAAAAAUGGUAUGAAAGCAUGCUCUAAAUUAUAAAUUCAGUGUGCAAAACUUGAGUUCUCUGUACUCCUGAGGGUGAUUUUGGCAGAUCUUUGUUCCUCCAGUCCUCAUAGUAAAAUAGUUCACUUACCGGUUCCUGGGGAUUGGUGACAAAGGAGAAUAGCUCUAGUUAUCUUUUUGACAACGUUGUGAGGCAGCUUCUGUUCACACGUACAGCUUCUUAAUCUGCAAAAUCCCUAUUUAUUGAACUUAUUUAUUAGAAAGCUAAAUGUCAAGUAUGUAAAGUGUGGUUCUCCGUAUUCGUAUUCAGAAUUGGGCAUUAAUGGCAAAUCUAACAGCAUGUUUCAGUCACUGUAAUACUGUCUUCUAACAGAGCAUCUUUAUAAUAAACUCAAUUCCACCCUGA